GCAGAAUUCACUGUUCUGUGAUUGCCCAGGGAGGAUGAGCAGGGAAUGCUGUGUAGAUUUCUUCUCUCCUGGAAAAGUGUGAGACAGCAACUUAAGGAUAAUCCGUGCCUGUUGGCACUGAUGGUGGUUCAAAUGCCCAACAGGGAGUGUGCAUUUCUGAUCAAAGCUGUCUGCUCUGGAAGCGCUGCUGAAUUCUAUGGAAGACUCGAAGCUGGACACUGUUGGUGAAGAAUUGUGCGCUGGCUCCUGGGAUACUGAUCAAACCUCCUGCCUGUCGACAGCAGGACACUGAGGCUCAGUAUCUGCAGAAGCCGUUUCCCAUCUGAUUCGGGCUAUGGGGACAGCAUGUCUUCACCCGAGGAGGUUAGAAGAGAAUCUGGAAAAGAGAAUGAAGAAGAUGAUGCAAAGAAACUGAAUUUGCCUUCAUCAAGUCAGAAAAAGACUCCUAAAUCAAAGGCUUUUGAAAAGAAAGUUACUUCAGGAAAGGCAAACACCUGUCAUCAGAAUUGUGAAUCUCUUUUUCAAGAAACUUCAAAAAGUGAGAAUGAUUAUCACACAUGGCGUUUCAGUGACACAAGCAGGUCGAGCAGUGAUGAUGUAGAGCCUGCAGGGCCAUCAAAGACUGUCUCCCCUGUGCUUCCUGGGAACGACUCACCUGCACUAAUAAGGCCAGUUGUAAAGGAAAAGCAGACAGAAGAUAUACACAGAAUUGUUUCUGAAGGGGAGCUAGCUCAGCUGGCUAAGGUCCAACCAUUAAUAUUCAAUUUUAAUGAACAAACAACCAUCAAGGAUUGUUUGAAAAUGAUUGAGAAAAAAGUAGCAGAAUAUGAUACCAUCAAGGAGUUUACGGAUUUAGAAUAUGCAAAUCGGCUGAAUGAGUUCACCUAUGGGAGUAAACUAAUUAACAGAGAAAAGAACAGAUACCGAGAUAUUCUUCCAUAUAUUUCUGUUUCUAUAAUAGAUGAUUCAACACGAGUUCCUCUGGGACAAAACAAAGACUACAUCAAUGCUAGUUAUAUUAGAAUAGUCAAUUAUGGAGAAGAGUAUUUGUAUAUUGCCGCGCAAGGACCACUGCCAGAAACGACGGAAGACUUUUGGCAAAUGAUUUUGGAAAACAAUGCUAAUAUUAUAGCUAUGAUAACCAGAGAGAUAGAAGGUGGAACCAUCAAAUGUCAUCAUUACUGGCCUGUUUCUUUGAAGAAGCCUUUGGAAUUGAGACAAUUUCGCAUCUUCCUGGAGAACUAUCAGAUACUUGAAUGCUUCAUCAUUCGAGUGUUUCAAAUUGUGAAGAAGUCCACAGGAACUAAGCACUUUGUAAAACAGAUGCAGUUCAUCAAGUGGCCAGACCAUGGCACUCCUGCCUCAGCAGAGUAUUUCAUAAAAUUUGUUCGUUAUGUGAGGAAGAGCCACCUUACAGGACCCCUGGUUGUCCACUGCAGUGCUGGUGUAGGCCGUACAGGGGUGUUCCUGUGUCUGGAUGUUGUGUUCUGUGCCAUCGAGAAGAACUACUCUUUCAGCAUCUCAAAUAUAGUGGCCCAAAUGAGAGAACAACGUUACGGCAUGAUUCAAACGAAGGAGCAGUAUAGCUUUUGUUACGAAGUUGUGCUUGAAGUUCUCCAGAAACUUUUCACUUUGGGUUAAAAAAGACUUUUGUUGCCUCUCGCUUGAGAUGAUGAAGUGGCUUGGAACUUCCUCGCAAAGGACAUGUGGGAGCAGUGCCAAAGGCCUUGUUCAUGGGAGUGUGUUUCCUAGGUCCACAGAUUCUCUUUCUGAAAGCUCCCUGAGGGCAGCGUCGGUUGCU